AACAGAUAGCUCGAUUUUGCCACUGCGCAUGCGCGCGCAAAGGACAGUGGGAAAAAUUGUUGGUAAGGAAAUUUGUUAAUACUUUUUCGUCACGUCGCGUCGUACCCGUACGUACAAAGAGCGCCUAGUUUGAAAGUGUAACCAUAAUUAUCAUUUUUAUUUUUAUCGUUUUAAGAAGUUGAGUAAUUUGUUCAGCAUGAACCUUGAAGUCACUGAUGAAGAACUUUGGGGAUGUGUCAGGCAGUUCGACGUGAAAACAUUGCAGGAAUUUCUGUCAAAAGUGGACGUUCCGAAAAGCGGUUCUAAAGACUGUCUGCAAAAGCGGCUGUUCUAUGCAUUGAAGUUGGGACUCCCCAUAGUGCCCACGGCCAGUAACGAAGAACUGAGCAGACGUGAAAGCCGGGAGAGAAAGCUUCGCUUUGGAGAACAAUUUAAGUUGCCUCACCCCCUCACUCUCGAUGGCUGGGAAGGUACAUCCGCAAAUCUUCCACCAAUUACAGAAGAAAAAGUAAACCAUUAUUUCCGGACACGAAACAAAGAACUUGAGAUAAGUACAGAUGGCAGCAAAUCUCUCGGUCAAGGAAGGAGCAUGGCAGUUUCCAGGGGCAGGGUGCACACAGUUGAACACCACCACAUCAGUGAUAUUGGCUCAGCUACAUUCGAGGACUGGUUGUACCACAAACAAGAGUUCAUGAGCAGCCAUACAUGGUGUGGAUCCUUGUAUUUAAAAAUACAGGUGUUAUACAUCAGGCAGAUUGUCAUUGCAUUGCAGGGCUCAGCGGUAUGUGUAAACACGUUGCAGCACUAUUGUCAUUUGUGACACAACAAGUGGAAUGUGGUUCCAGUGAGUCAUGCACAAGCCAGCUUCAACAGUGGCACAGGCCAAGCAGCAGCAAUCUUAACCAGAAAUUAAAGACAUCGGCAUUCCUGAAAGACAUUAAAACACCCAAAGUGUCAUCUUCAAUGUGUGACAAUAGGAAGGGUCGAAGGGACAUGUUUGAUCCCCGCGCUGUGGUAAACAAGAAAGUAAGAAAGCUAUGCGAUUAUGAUUUAGAUAGUUUGGCUGACAUAUCAAAUGGUAAGGCUGCAGUGCUCUUAUAUGCAGCACAUCAAAGGCAUGUUCACCCAACAUUGACAUCAAAGCCGGAUAUCAAUCAUCUAAAUUCCACAUUAGAUGAAGAUAUAUCAUCAUCUUCACCAAUUAGAGUUUCAUCUGUUGUAGAUGCCUUUAGAGAAGUGAAGAAAAGUGCAGGUACUGAUGCAGCCACAUACACAGCUAUGACAAAAGAGAUGGCCUGUAGUGGUCGCAGUAGAGAGUGGUUGGCUGAAUCAACAUGUCAACAGGCAGAAUCACAUAUGUGGCACAAACACAGAGUUGGGCGCAUAACUGCCUCUAACAUGGGGGCUGUUACGAAACACGUGGAUGAAUCUGGGAACCUUACUGGCUCCACACAUAGCAUCAUUGCUACUGUGAUGUCUUACUAUAAGGACUUUGUAUCACCAGCCACCACCUAUGGUAAAAAACAUGAAGCUGUAGCAAAAUCUAAAUAUCUGAUGAAGAUGCGCAGAACACAUA